AUGCCGCCGAUUCCGUUCCAACCGUCGCACAAGUCGCCCUUCAAGAGCACCCUGUCCACGUCCCAGCAGGGACGCAGACGCUCCGACCAGACCCAGGCCCUGACGGGCCCGGCAACUAGCCAGGGCCACGAGGGACCACCGAGCAGCAUCGACCCUGCACUGCUGAAUCCUGAUGACUGGACGCUUCUCGCAGAGGGCGCAAAGAAUCUCUUGCUGCGGUACAAGGGCCCAAGUCGAUUCCCGUUUGUACACAGCUCUUCCACGGGGACAGGCGACGAAGCGAGAGUUGCGCUGAGAAUUCCUAAGCGAGACAGAGGGUCGUCGUCAUCAUCAUCUUCGUCAUCAACAGCAGCUAAGAAGACGGAUAGCGAAGAAGAUGAUGGCAGCCUAGACGCACUACAAUGGAGGCGCACAGUCAUUGAACCGCUUCUGGCUCCCCUGUCGAUGUCAUCCCUUCUUCCACCGCUCUUUCCCGUCGUCGUUGCGGGCGACGAGCAGCGGGCCAAACUCCGAGCCUUUCUCGACGUCAUGGCGUCGAGAAUCGAGGUGCUGCGAAAGAUGGAGAGGCGCAAAGCCUCGGGCAUUGAUACCGGGGACCAAGCUCUCGACUGUAUCUGGGCGACGCAGGACCUGAGCGCAGGGAACCACCGUGGAGACGUCUAUGCAUUUGAGAUUAAGCCCAAGUGCGGCUUCAGACCCCAAGGCAAAAAUCUUUCGGACGAGAGCCGAGCACCCAAGACGCAGCAUUCUCGCUACAAGAUGCACCGGAUCCUCAAGCAGGCAAAGGGAGGGGACAAGAAGCCCUUUUCGAGGCAAGAGUGGGAGGGUCUCUUUGAUCCUUUGGACCUGUUUAGUGGCCAAUCUGCGCGGGUGGAUCGCGCCAUCGAGUCGCUGUGGUCGGACUGGAAGCAGCCCUCGAGAACGGAGGAGAGGACUAACCUGUGCGUCUUUCGAAACGGCGUGGCACUGCAGCCGGAGCAAUUACAGCAGCAGCAGCAGCAGCAGCACAACGUCCUCUUCUCUCACUUUCGGCAGAUUGUUAAGAGCGCGGCUGUCGAGCGCGUUCUCAAGCACCUUGUCGAGCUCCAGCACGUAUUUGAUCAGAGCGACAUUGAGGGAGUCGCGAAAAGGUGGCAAGAGGAGAUCGGGACGCCGUUUGGCGUGGGAACCGAGCACGGCCCCGCAGCUGAGGUGAUGAGGGCCGCCUCGCUGGCGGAAUAUGCCGAGGCUGUCCAGCGUGGACUCCACCGUCUGUCCACGCCAGGAGGGCAACCAGCGUCAGGAUCCUCGUCGACGACAGCGACGAGUCUCAGGCAAGACAUUGUGGACCUGCUCCUGUCGGCCAUGUGGAAGGACUGCAGCCUGUUCUUGCGCUCGGACGAGGGGUCAGGCGAGUUAAAGGUACAUCUGGUCGAUUUAGACCCGAAAAGCAUCGAGAAGCUCCGACACUGGAAGCAGCUCGAUGAGGAUGUCGUUGCUGCCUACAAAGCUUGGUCAGAAUCACUUGCUGCGUGA